UCCUUCGUCAACAUGGCGCCGAUGUUGGUACCGCUGAAAUGCGGCUUUCACUUUCAAAGACGAAAAUUAGCGCUUCUUCUUCGACAGACGAGCUCAUAUCACCUUUGGAAUAAAAGCCACGGUGGAAACGGGACCGACCACAAACGCCAGAGUACAUAUGCGUUGAGUUCCCCACCACACUUAAGAACAGCUACAUGGAGCACAAACAGGAGCGAAAACUGUCGUCGGAUUUUAGAGGCAGCAAAACAUUUGCAGGUCACAGACAAACGGACAUGUUGGCACGGACAUGCAGGAGGAGGGCUAAGCGCAGAUCCAAAGAAUGUGCUGAAGGAGGUGAAUUCAGCCAAGAUCUUGUCAGCAAUGCUGUCUUACGUAUGGCCAAAGGACAGACCAGACCUGCGGGCCCGUGUUGCCAUUUCUCUGGGCUUGCUUGCUGGAGCCAAGAUGACCAAUGUGAUGGUGCCCUUCAUGUUUAAGUAUGCAGUGGACGAGCUUAACCAGAUGUCGGGACACAUGCUGAACCUGAAUGACGCGCCAAGCACUGUGGCUACCAUGGCAACGGCCGUACUGAUUGGCUAUGGCGCGUCGCGGGCUUGUGCGGCUCUCUUCAAUGAGCUGAGGAACACUGUGUUCGGCAAGGUGGCCCAGAGCUCCAUCCGACGCAUCGCCAAGAAUGUCUUCCUCCACUUGCACAAUCUGGAUCUGGGUUUCCAUCUCAGCCGCCAGACAGGGGCGCUGUCCAAGGCCAUUGACCGCGGAACAAGGGGCAUCUCCUUCGUCCUCAGUGCGCUCGUCUUUAAUCUAGGACCCACGGUCUUCGAGAUGGCCCUCGUCAGUGCCAUUUUGUAUUACAAGUGUGGUGGACAGUUUGCAGCAGUGGCCUUGGGUACCUUAUCAGCGUACACCGCUUUCACCAUUCUCAUCACUCAGUGGAGAACUCGUUUCCGGAUAGAAAUGAACAAAGCAGACAACGAAGCAGGCAACGCAGCCAUUGAUUCCCUGCUUAAUUAUGAGACUGUUAAGUACUUCAACAAUGAGAAAUACGAAGCUGAAAGGUAUGAUGGAUUCCUGAAGAUUUAUGAGUCAUCCUCCUUAAAAACCACAUCCACGCUCGCCAUGCUCAACUUUGGCCAGAGUGCCAUCUUCAGUGUCGGCCUCACUGCCAUCAUGUUGCUGGCCAGCAAGGGCAUUGCAGCAGGUACGAUGACCGUGGGAGACCUGGUGAUGGUGAAUGGCCUGCUCUUCCAGCUCUCCCUCCCUCUAAACUUCCUGGGCACAGUGUACAGAGAGACCAGGCAGGCUCUCAUAGACAUGAACACACUUUUCACGCUGCUCAGCGUCGACACCAGAAUCAAGGAGAAGGAUCUCGCCCCGCCUUUAGCCAUCACACCGCAGGAGGCCACCAUCCGCUUCGAGGACGUGUAUUUUGAAUACCUGGAGGGCCAGAAAGUCUUAAACGGAGUGUCCUUCGACGUGCCUGCUGGGAAGAAGGUGGCCAUAGUUGGUGGCAGCGGGUCAGGGAAGAGCACCAUUGUGCGGCUGUUGUUCCGCUUCUAUGAGCCCCAGCGGGGGAACAUCUACAUAGCGGGGCAGAAUAUCCGAGACGUCAGCCUUGACAGCCUGAGGAAGGCUUUGGGGGUUGUACCUCAGGAUGCCGUUCUGUUCCACAACACCAUCUUCUACAACCUGCAGUACGGGAACAUCAACGCUACACCAGAGGAGGUGUACCAAGUGGCACGUCUAGCAGGCAUCCAUGAUGCUAUCCUCAGGAUGCCCCAUGGCUAUGACACCCAGGUUGGGGAGCGGGGCCUGAAGCUGUCAGGAGGGGAGAAGCAACGUGUCGCCAUCGCCCGCGCAAUACUAAAGCAUCCACCCAUCCUCCUGUAUGACGAAGCAACAUCCUCCCUCGACUCUAUAACAGAAGAGAACAUCCUGAGUUCAAUGAGGGACAUGGUGAAGGACAGGACAUCAGUGUUCAUUGCCCACAGGCUUUCAACAAUUGUAGACGCAGACGAGAUUAUAGUGCUCAAUGAGGGUAAAGUGGCAGAGCGCGGCAACCACCACACCCUCCUCAGCACUCCAGGCAGCUUGUACGCAGACCUGUGGAACACCCAGAACAGCAAAAUCCUGAACAACAGCAAGAGCUCGCCCGAGCCGCCGGCUGAGCGCCUGUCCCAGAAGGAGGAGGAGAGGAGAAAAUUGCAGGAGGAGAUCCUCAACAGUGUGAAGGGCUGUGGGAACUGCUCCUGUUGAGAGAAGCUGCCACCUCCAUGUCUCUUCAUCCAUCACAGAUGGCCUACGCUGGAAUCCCUGGUCUGUGCAGCAUUGGGGAAGGGGGGGGGGGGGGGGGGGGGGUACAUCCCCACAACCCACUUCCACUCUUGCCAAGCCUCCACCCAUGUGACUGUCCCUCCUCCUCCUCCUCCUCCUCCUCCUCAUGUGAAUAAAGGCCACUACUCGCCAAAGUGAAGGAGGAGGAGCAGAACAGGGAGCAAGUGUGUUUAGCACUGGCUGGUGUCCAGAGAUAGAGCUUCUAUGCCAGUUGCUUCAGCUGAAGCCAAGCAUAAGAGACCUUGUAUAUCACAUACGUGUAUGCAAGACAUCUGUUAGUCAACAUGGCUGCCCCCCUCCUCCUCAUUUUUGACAUCAGGUUUAUUGACAUCUUCCAUUGCACUGGAAAACAGAUGAGAGUACACGUAAUGACUCACAAAUGCCUUGAUGUGGACACAAAAAUUUAUAUUGAUUACAUUUUUAAAUUAUUUUCCAAACAAACUCAA